CGCCCGUAAACUGUUGACACAUUUCAUUGCUUUAGAGGCCUUUGUAAAAUAAAAUAUGAGUUUUACAGUAUUUACAGGCAGGUAUCACAACUCCAAGCAAGCCAAAAUUGAGGUAGCUAUCAAUUAAAAGGCUCUUAAAUUACCGCGUGAUUACUGCAGUCUAGGAGAAUAUUCACAGAUUGCUACCACAGAUUAACUGUUGUGGUAAUUUCUCUGUUUGUGCUGUACAGUCAUCUGGGAAGGGGUGUCUGGAUUCCACUUCAGGGUCCAAAUGUGUGGCAGCAAUUUAAAAGGCAAUGGUUCCUGUGCAGCUGGGGUUACCAGUUAGGGUGAAGACAAAGCCCUGUAGCCCAUGCCGAGCGAGUGAGCCCCUGCCCUGUGCCAGCUGCCUGCAAGUCCCCAUAGAACUUCCAUGUAGUGAAAAGGGGGUUUUUGCAUGCCCCAGGAUCUGCACAACCCUGGCAGAAAAUGAGCUGGUAGGAACAAAAGAUAAAGUGAUAGAAGAAGAUACAUAAAUUAGAGUAAGGAGACACAGUCCCUUAUUUUCUCCUUUGAAACAUUGUUAGAGCCCACAAAAGUGUAAUCAAAUAUUCAAAAUUGUGUUUACACUGAAAAUGCCUGAGGCUUUUUCUAAAUUCAGCAGCAGGAAUUUAUUGUCUUCUUGUUUUGCCAAAUCUCCUUCAACAGACACAGACAGGUAACGUGGAUAUUGAGAACAUUUGUCAUAGUUAAAUUUGGUCCACAAAACAGGCUAAUUCUGUAGUCAGAGGCAGCAGUUUAUUUCCCAAAAUGAUGUUAGAACAUGGCAUACUUUGUUCUUAUUGAUAUACUGUUACUGUGAAUUAAAGAGGGAGUAUAUCAAGUUAACAGCUUAGUUUAUACCUAGAGAAAUAGGAUAGAGAGUUCUGGAAAUGCACAAUCUAACAGAUUCAAAAGCAGUACCUCUAGAAGGGGAGCAGCCCUCAUAACAAUAUCAAACAGCACCCAGAUAAGUACUAUUCUUCAAGGGAAAGUUUUGCUGAUGUUUUCCUUAUUAAAAUAAUAACAGAAUGGGUCCAUACAUUUUCUACGCAUACCAUCAGAACACUUUGUGGUCUUUAAGGUAACAGAACUUUGAUCUCUUGUUGAAUACCUAUGAGGAAACAUCAACUGCUUGCGCUGAUGCUGUUAUUUAAGGCAUGUGCUAAUGCACAGUCUCUCCUGAAGGUUGAGGCAGUUCUGCCUCCAAGUACUGCAGAACUGGACAGAAGUAAUCCCAUUCAUCUAUCAAAGUGGAAUACCGACUGCACAGAAAGUACUGCUUUACAGUGAAGUAUUUGGGGAUGAAAUGCAUCUUUGGGAGAGACUCUAUAAAAUAAAUUAAAUCGUAUCGAGCAAAAGAAAUUGCUGUCAGCAAAACAGAGUGGCAAGAAAAUUAAAACCAUUUAUUCCAUUAAAAAAUAAUAAUCAUUCUUAAUAAUGCGUAAGACCUCAGAAGAACAAAUGCCUCUUAGCUUUUCAAACACCUUGUGUGUUACUGCCACAAAGCACAAGCUGACCGCCUUUAGCAGAGGUUACCUGACUGCCAGGACAGUAUUCAGUGCAAGCGUCUGCUCAACAGUAAGAUGGAUACUUGGUAAACCAUUUAAAUAUAUUUAAUUACUAAGGAAAUGAUCAGUUUUCCUGCCCAUUUCCUCAGCCUCAUUCUGACAUGAGAUUUCUCUUACCAACUAAAAUUCCUCUGUAUCACUCUUCCAGAAAAGAUACCAUGCACCAUGUCUCCCCUCCUGCACCCACUGUCCUCCUCAAUAGGGAAGACAGCUUAAGCAAUCUUUUCUCCCUGCGUUACAUUUCAGCUUUCUAGCAGGAACAAAGUGAAGCAAAGUCACAGUACUGAAUUUGACAUCACGUGUGUUGCCAUAGCAACAGCCACACUGCUUCCAGCGAUGCAGAGCGAAGGGUACCUGUUGCUUGGCAGGGGCUGUCAGCUUCCACAUGGUAACAGGGCUGAGGGCACUCUGCCCUGCUGUUCCAGCAGCAAUUUUAUCACCUCAGUGCUGGGUCUGCUGCAAAAAGUUUUAGCUGACCUCAUUUCUAUCUGGCACUGAAUAAGAAGCAAAUAGAAAAUUGCUGAAUUAGUUCAGUAUUUCAGGGGGUCCCCCUGAGCCACCAGCAAGAUCUUUGCAGGCUGGGCACUAGGAAAAUAUGUCAUGCAAAACAGUUUCCAUUUUGAUGAUGUUUUAUAAAUCAAGAGGAAUAUAAGCUUCAUUUCAUAAGAAACAAAAGAAGUAAACCUAGCUAGAAUUUCUGUUAGAUGUGUACAAUUUCUUCCCUUUUAUUUUUGCACUGUAAACAUUAAGCACUUUUGUUCAGCUAUGCACACAUUUGGACACUUAUGAGUAACAAGGCUGUAGAGCUAAGCAGGCAGAAAGAGACAAUAUAGGAAACCCAGCAGCCUGUUGAAGAGAGCUGCAGGCAGAGUGCAGUUUUAGCAGAGCAAUGGUGUCACCCACUCCGUCAGCCUUUGAAUUUAUAUCUGCUUCUGCAGAACAAUCCUACAGCUUCCCAGGGGUCUACCAACACAUCUCUCCUGUCUGCAGAAGAGGAAUUCCUCCCUUCUGCACAAGAGGGUAUUGUAGUAAUGAGCCUGAAGCUGUUCAGUUGAACGUCACCAACCAAGACAUCAAUCAGUCUCCAGACAGCAGUCACGGAAGCGAGAGAAUAGAUCACCACAUCAUUCGGACGGCUAAAGUCUUCGUGAAUCAGCUCUCCACAAUCUGUGAGACUGUAUGGACCCUGGCCCUCCACCAGACUUUUCUACUCCUUCUAGUGGUUGGGAGAUGGCUUCUUCCCAUUGGGGUUGAAAUCACCCGGGACCAGUUGUCCCAGCUGCUUCUCAUGUUUGUAGGAACAGCAGCAGAUAUACUUGAAUUUGCUAGUGAAACCCUGGACAUUGAGGAUGUGCGGAAGAAUUAUGUUCUCAUAAAUGCAAUUCUUGCUGUAUGGACCUGGAGUAUGUUACAGUUUCCACUUGAUCUUGCAGUACAGCAUAUUGGCUGCAAACCAACUGCAUCAAGCAGACAGAUUCCUAGCCUGCUGCUGUGCAGGUACAGUGCAGAGCUGUGGAACAUUGGGGUCAGCUUGUUCAUACAGGAUGGACCCUUCUUCAUUGUGCGUUCAAUCCUGAUGGGGCACUUUCGAAUAUUCAACCAGAUGCUGGUGUUUUUUACAGCUAAGAACAUCUUAGUUGUGAUCUUACAACUGUAUCGUUUGGCAGUGAUAACAUUAGACUUUCGUGCUACUAUUCUGCAGAAGAGCAGGAAAGGAGAAGUUGGCUGUUGCCCUUGUGAGCCUUAUGAAGCCACUACUCAUGCUACUGCUGAGCAGGAUGCCGAAAUGAAAGAGUGUGUUGCUUUUCCACUGAGAGAGGAAUCCCAAGCUCCAUUGGAAGACCAGAAAGCACAGUGAUUGACUCAAGACCAAUUGCAUUUCUCAGCUUCUUCAGAAGGGCCUGUUUCUAUGGUGAAACUGACUUUGAGCACAAAUCAUCUCUUCCACUAAGAGAUUAAUAAUUUCUUCUAAACUGUAGGGGAAAUUUGUGAAGGAAAAAAAACAUUGAAAUGGGAUAUUUCGUAUCAUGUUGGAUUUUGGAGGGUUUUGACCAGUUCCCUACUAUAUUAUUCACAGGGAUUUUGUAGCCAUAGUUUGUAGUAGCAAGAAAGGUUUGGCACGCAAACAAAGUUGGUUGUAAUCUUUGGUGGCACUUUGCUAACGUAUGUAUUUGCCUGUAUUCAGAUAGAAGGAUAAGCCUAUCUCAGUGGAAUAGAGGAAACAUAGAAGCAUUUAGCCCUACUUCAGUGGUUGAGCUAUGGCUAAGAUGAACAUUAUGAUCACCGUGCGUAGCAGCAGCUUCAGCAGUGACAACUGCAGACAUGCAAGGGAAUGGGCAUGACAGAUUCCUGCUGUUACUAUGACAUCUAAACAUCGUUCAUUCAGAAAAGUUAGGAAAAGCUUCACUAAAUGUUACCUCAUUUCUGGCUGGAUUUUCAGUUACAAAACACCAUGAAAUGACACAAAAAAAGACUGUCUCUUAGGGCCUGCAUAGUCUGAGUAAUCUAAACCUUACAAAUAAAUAGAUGUAUUAAAAAUAUGGGAAAAUCCCCAAAGACCUGUUUGUCACCUAGUCAUUGUCUACAGAGGUACUUGCCUUUGUAUUUCUACUAGUCAGAACACAUACAUAAAUAUAUAUAUAUAUAAACCCAGAAAAAAGAAACUUGUUAUUUUUUUUUCCUGUUACACCGUGUUUGAUCAGGGCGGAUUUUUAAAGUGUUGCCAUUUUAUAGCUUUUUAUUAUUAUUUUAAAGUGUCCUGACUCAGGCAUACCAUCUAACGAGAAAGAAAAUUGUCCUGUCAAACAUGAGCAGUGCCAUCUAGACAAAAGGAUUCUGACUUGUGCUUCACAUUUCAUGAAGCACCACGAAAUCUCAUGGAAUCAUUUGGCCAAUUUAGUUUCAAGGUCUGUUUUUAAGAAAUGGCAUUUAGUCAUGCAUUUACUUCUAUGUUUGGGAUAAAUAACAUAGGACGUGAUUCAUUUCUUCCAGGAACACUUUACAUCAAUUUAAGACCAAUGACCUUGUCGGGCUUAGCUCUAAAGAUAAAUAAGUUUUGAAAACCUGUCCCAAAAUCAUAUGCUCACUGAAAAUGGCAGGUGCUUUCUACAGAUUUCUGCAUCCACUCUUAAUGAGAUCAGAAAAGCAUGUUAAUAAAAAGACCUCACAAAUAGGAAGUGACCUAAUUAAGGUAAUUUCCUAUACGAAGCAAUCCCAGUUUUACCUAGGGCCUCAGCUAUCUAAAAUACAGAAUCUGUUUAGGAAUGCAUUAAAGUGUUACUGCCACCACAGCAGUGAUAUGCUUAUUAGACUGAUAAGCAGUGACAUAUUUAUUCUCUGAAAGAUGUACCUAUUUAACAAUGAACCUAUUUAAAAAUUUCCCAAACAUGUGAACCUGUGUUUGAAUGUGUAAACUGUUAAACCUUGUAAUCUGUUCUAUGCUGGAUUAGGCCCCUUCACUAGGACAGAAGAAAAUGCACAGCCAUAAAGAAACAAGUCUUCUGCACUCAUAGCCCCUUCUACUACUUGCACCUUAGUAAAAACAUGCAACACUUCCUGCUUUUCUCAUUUUGAGCCUCUUUCCAGCAGAAGGAAGAAAAGUCUAUCGCCGUUUACAUAUACAUUAUAACCGCUUGUAAGGUUGACAUAUUUAGAGUUGAAUGUGACUUUUAUAGCCAAGGAAGAUAAAGUUCUGCUGCUGACCAACUGUGUUGUCUAAAGCCUUUCACACCAAGAUGCAUUUAGAAUCAGCUGGUAAGCACUGUAACAUCCCUUUUUUGUUGAUGCAAGCCAGAUCUACUCACAUUCAUUGGGUUUACCACUUGCUGAUGUAGUAAUUACCCUGUUAAAAGGAUCUUUGCUAACUAAUUUGAAGUGUACUGAUCUUCCUAGAACAUCAUUUGAAAUUCACCAGCAAAAAAAUUGCAAGAAGUACUUGCUACCUAUUUAAAGGCUUAGUUCAACAACAAGCUGCCUACCAGGCUCAGCCGGCAGCAAAUACAAGGUCCUCUGGGGUCAGCAAUACAAAGACUAGUUACAGCAGGAGUAUUAUACAAAGAACUAUAUUUCCUGGUCUUCAGGCUGUUUCAUUUUAAACAGCAGUAAAGCUCUUAAUCAGACUUACUUUGAGAAUAACUCACUGCAAUGCUAGGUUCUUUAGUAGAUUCCAUCAUCAUUCAGACAGAUACAAAAUAGACUAGAUCCACCCUCAUGCUUAGGAUAGAACAGAUUUGGACAUCCUUUUUCCUUCCCACCUUAUGGGUGAAGGCAGAUUGCUUAAAAGCAAGGGGAAAAAAAGAAAAAACAGAUAUACAAACAAAUCACUUAAAUGGUGGGCAGCCCACCCUCCUGCCUGCGUGCAGAGGGGAAAUCACACGUGCCAGG